GCCAAGAUCCUCUCGGGUAGAUGGGUCUAUAAGCUCAAGACCGAUGCCAAUGGCAGACCUGCCAAGUUCAAAGCACGUUGGGUGGCCCGAGGUAAUACCCAGAGAGAAGGCAUUGAUUAUGAGGAUGCGUACGCCGCCACCGGCCGCUACGAGACCCUCCGAGUACUCCUUGCAGUCAUCACAUUGAAGAAGCUAUAUUCGACGCAUUUAGACGUCAAUUUGGCCUAUCUCAAUGCGAUUUUGGAAGAGGAAACGUACAUGCAAUACCCCGACGGUCUCGACUUUCAUGGCGUCGAACCUCACGGUAAUGUCUGUCGCCUUCGUAAGAGUCUAUACGGCUUGCGCCAGUCAGCAGCCAAUUGGUAUAAGACCCUUAGCAGCUUCCUCCUUUCCAAAGGCUUCAAUGCCUCAUCCUCUGAUCCAUGUCUAUACGUACGCCACGAGCAAGGGGGUGGAAUUACCAUCAUCUUCGUCUACGUAGAUGAUAUGUUGCUCGCAUCGACGUCUCCAACAACGCUUCAGAGAGUCAAGGAAGCGAUCGCUAAGCAAUGGUCUAUUUCAGACCUAGGUGAAGUCUCUCACUACCUUAGCCUGAAGAUCCAACGUGACCGUGAAGCCGGAAUCAUGAAAAUAGGCCAAAAAGCCUAUAUUGACAAGUUUCCUGACGUCCCAGCAACCUCUCCAAGACCUUUCAUCCCAUUCAGUCCUAGCACCGAGCUUAGGAAAGCCGAUGAACCGGCAAACCGUGAAAACGUGAAGACCUACCAGUCUCUCACCGGUAGUCUAAUUUACGCCAGCACGGUCUCACGUCCUGAUCUCUCCCUAGCGCUUGGGAUGCUCACGAAGCAUAACCUCAAACCCCACGAUCCUCACUUCUCCGCCGUCUACCAAGCCGUCCAGUACGCUAAGCGAACCAGCAACCUUACGAUAACCUACGGACGGCCGAAAACGAGUGGUAAUACUGGUUUUGAGGACGGAUACGGGUUCUGGGGGUGCGUAGACGCGUCAUUUGCAUCGGAUCCUGACACCAUGAGAAGCCGUACAGGAUGGGUAUUCUACCUCGCUGGCGGUCCAAUUUCAUGGGCUUCGAAGCAACAAUCCUGCGUCACGAAGUCAUCAGCCGAAGCAGAGUAUUACGCUCUCUCGGACGCAGGAAGCCAGGGUGUAUGGCUUCAUCGCUUGCUUGUCGAUCUACAGGCAGUGAAAGUGUCAGACCCAAUUCACCUAUACAGCGACAGUCAAUCCGCGAUUUCCAUGGCUAAAACCUCAAGGCAUCACUCGAGAAGCCGCCACAUUGAGACCCAUUACCAUUGGAUCCGCGAGAGAGUUGAAGAAGGCAAAAUACGACUCUCUCACGUCGCUGGCGUCUCCAACAUUGCUGAUGGCCUCACCAAGCCAUUAGCAAGACCUGCUUUCGAAGCAUUUCGCGACGCAUUGGCAUUGGAGAAAGCCUGA